CUGGGAUUAACGAAACCGACCGGGGGCUAAAGGGAGCGGAUGGUGUCAAGUAACUCACUCGUAAAUACGGCAAAACGUUUUGAUUAAAAAAAGCCACGUAUAUUAAGCCUCAUCUUGAUACGGCUAACACAUUAUAGAGUUAUGUCUACACCGGCUAGAAGAAGACUUAUGAGGGAUUUCAAAAGGCUACAAGAGGACCCUCCAGCUGGUGUUAGUGGUGCGCCUUCAGAAAACAACAUAAUGGUGUGGAAUGCAGUCAUUUUUGGGCCUGAAGGGACACCGUUUGAAGAUGGUACAUUUAAACUCAUUGUAGAGUUCACAGAAGAAUAUCCCAAUAAACCACCCACAGUACGAUUUGUGUCAAAGAUGUUUCAUCCCAAUGUUUAUGCAGAUGGCAGCAUAUGUUUGGACAUUUUGCAAAAUCGCUGGAGUCCAACUUAUGAUGUGUCUUCAAUCCUUACAUCCAUUCAGUCUCUGCUUGAUGAACCUAAUCCCAACAGUCCAGCCAACAGUCAGGCUGCUCAGCUUUAUCAGGAGAAUAAGCGGGAGUACGAGAAACGUGUGUCUGCCAUUGUCGAGCAGAGCUGGAGGGACAGUUGACCUGACAAUCACCGUAGCUGUUUCCAUUGUGUGCGCUGCAAUUUUUAGUCAAGUACUUCUUAUAUUUGCCCUAGUCUCUCAACCACACAUUUUUAUUUCAAGCUUUUAUGCACUUUACCUCCAAUCUCCACCCCCAUAAAGUCUUUUUUGUUAGCUACCAGGUAUAAUAUAUAUAUUUUUUACUCAGUUGAAGUCCAUCAGGGAAACGGUUCUGAAUAUUGCCUUGUUUUUUUUGUCAUUAUGGACUAAAGGGACAUUGCCUUGCUUUCUAAUGUAUGUCACCCUGAUUAAUUCACCCCUGGACUAAUGUUGAAUCUUUGAGGGCCAUGUCAAGAACCCAUAGUGUUGUGCCCAACUACUCUGUCGGUGUAUAUUUCUACACAGCAGUUUUCAGGGUUUCUUAGUGGUCUAUAGGGAAAAGAUUUAAGUAGCUCAAACAUCACUGGGGAAAAUUAUAUUGGACAACCCUGCUGUGUUGUGAACUGUUACAUGCAUGAAAAGUGUGUUCAUAAUUUUGUUCAGUACUUCUGUAAAUAAGAAUCACAACUAAACUUUAUGUACAGAUUUUGCACUGGUUGUUAUCAUGCCAUUUUCAGUACCGUACUUGUAAAUAAAAAGACAUGUUAAAACUG